UGCACCCAUCCUUCUGUACAUCGUUCACGCGUACGAUUCACAGCUACUACCACUGAUGUCUCUUUGUCGGUCAACACGCGAUGGGAAAUUUGGGAGCAAGUUUCCUACGGUUGUCUUUAGGUGGAGCUUUGGAACUUCUCCGUUUGCCUCGUUGCCGCACAUUGCCUUCUUUUAUCCAUGGAUUCCCAGUCCUUUUCUCCGCCCAGUAUCGACCACGUCGUCGACAACCAGCUCUACAUCGGCAACCUUGCAUCUGCCAAAGCUUCAGAACUCCAAGAAUGUCUCGGCAUAACACAUAUUGUCUCUGUAUGUCAGAAUUCCCAUUCGACAGGCCCCAACCACCUCGCCAUUAGUGUCGCCGACUCAGAAUACGAAGAUAUCCUUAUACAUCUUCCAAAAGCAUGCAAGUUCAUUCAGAACGCUCUCGAUGACAGUGGUAGAGUCUUGGUCCAUUGUGUCAUGGGGGUCUCCAGAAGUACCACCGUGUUGGUCGCCUAUCUCAUGCAGUCCAGACGCAUGAGCCCCAAUGCAGCAUUGCGGCUCAUACAACAAUCUCGCCCAUCUGUGAUGCCAAACUACGGCUUUUUAAAACAGCUCGACGUCUUUGCUGAAUGUGAUUAUUACCCGUCCAGUGAUAAUCCCUCAUACGUAUACUGGAAACGCAUGCAAGAACAGCACGUUACCCGCUUUUUGAACCAGAUGAUAGAUACAACUCCAAUCAUCCCCGAACAGCUCCUCCUGAGCAGCGAGUUUCCUGAUGACAUCAAACAAGCUUAUUCACUUAUUCAAGAACUCGGUAUCACGCAUGUUGUGUCCAUAUCACCUUGCGAACUGCGCUUGCCGCCUUUCAUAGAGCGGCACGACGUCAGGCUUUCUCACCAGAAAGAAUCUUUAUUGACUCUCAUGCCUGCAGCGUGUAUAUUCAUCCGAGAUGCCAUAGCGAAGAAAGGGCUGGUCCUUGUUCAUUCUUUGGUAGAGUGCAAUGCAGCUAUCGUCGUGUGUGGUUACCUCAUGCAGCAACAGAAGAUGACUAUAACUCAAUCUUGUCGAGUACUCGAAGACGGUAAUUAUCUUCCCUCUCUACUUACUAUAAUUGACCUGUCGUAUCAAUCAAACCAGCGCUACCUUUAUUCAACCGUACAUCCAAUUUUGCGCGUCACUUGGAGCUUUUUGAUUCCUGCGGGCACACUCCUACAGCGGACCAUCCUGUCGUUCGAGAAUGGACGGGCCACAUACAGGCUGGUGUUCUUAACGGAACUCAGCGAGACAAAGAUAGACAUCGUCGGAUUCGAGACCACACUACAAAAUAUCAGUAAAAAUAGAUGCCAAACAGUAGGGUAGUCUGACUUGCAGAUUUAAAGUUGUGUAAUUGAUUUCUUUGGAUUUACAAGUUCAAGACUGUGCCUUGACUACUAUUAUGAUAACAGCGUC